UCCUGGAAAUUGCUUUUGCUUUUGACUAGAGCGAGAUUCUUUCUCAUUUGUCUUUGGUCUGCAUUCAAACAACUUUUGAAUAGUGCAAGGAUCUUCGACCAAAAAAAAAAAGAAGAGAGGCAGGAUAAAUAGCCAGCCAAGCCCUCAAAAAAUAUUGAGCUGAAACUCAAACGAAGCACUAUCUCAUCGUUUGGAAUAGAGUAAAAUAGUUCUUCAUUCCUUCUUUCACUCAAACCAGAAAACAUGGUGAGAGCUCCUUGCUGCGAGAAAAUGGGGUUGAAGAAGGGGCCAUGGACUACUGAAGAAGACCAGAUUCUCAUCUCCUACAUCCAAAAUUACGGUCAUGGAAAUUGGCGAGCUCUGCCCAAGCAUGCUGGCUUGUUGAGAUGUGGGAAGAGCUGCAGACUCCGGUGGAUAAACUAUCUGCGGCCGGAUAUCAAGAGAGGAAACUUCACUAGAGAAGAAGAAGAUGCCAUCAUCAAUCUGCAUGAAAUGCUUGGUAACAGAUGGUCAGCAAUUGCUGCAAGAUUACCAGGAAGAACUGAUAAUGAAAUAAAAAAUGUAUGGCAUACCCACUUGAAGAAGAGACUACUCAAACAUAAUAACACCACAUCACCAACAUGUAGCACUUCGAAUCUCACAAGCCAAUAUGCGGAGCCAGAAGAUGUGAAUUUUGAGAGUCCAACAAGUCAUGCAUCAAUGUCACCACAACCAAGUUCUAGUGAUGAUUUUUCAUCAGUCACUGAAACCUCGGCCGCAACCGGUCAGAACAUGAUCAAAGAUGAAAAGAUCGAGUUCGAUGCAACCGUCCUCGAAAUCGAUGACAGUUUCUGGUCAGAGGCACUUUCAGCUGACAAUUGCGGCGACAACCCAUUAGAGUUUUUGGAGGGCACAAAUGAUCAAGCACAACCCCAACUUCUACUCCCUUCAAACAUUGAUGAUGGCAUGGACUUUUGGACAAAAAGUUGUCACCUUGUCCAAAAGCUUGAGUUUGAUGCACUGACGAAGAAGCUACAGAUCGAGGACAUAUAGUCUACAAAAGACUGAAAAGAAUAAAGGGAGAGACAUAAAUACUUGAGAAAAGUUUUGUAUAAGUAUGGAGCUAGUUAGAUUUGAGUGAUUCUGGUGAUAAUUCUCCUCCGAUCCUGCAUUUUCUAAGCUUUCCAUCAAGCAAUCAAGUUUAUUGUUCUCUAGAUUAGUACGGUCAUCUAGAUUAUGUAACGAUGACGAUAAAGACAAAGAAAAUGAUGUAAUUGAGUUUUAUGUUUUCUACCAAAUGCAUCAAAUCUUAUGUAAUUUUAGUAUCUGUAAUUUUACGUGCACCAAUUGGUUUUGCAACAAUUUGUUUGAUCAUGCUCUAGUUAUGAAA